AUGUCUUCUCAAGGUGAACCAAGCGGAGAUCCAUGGGAUAAAGAUACGAAACGAAAGUUCCAGAAUAAAUCCAAGAGCGAAUUCUUCGACCCUUGUCAAGAAGCUGCAGCGAAAAGUAUCCGAUGUCUGAACCGGAAUGGAGGAGAUAGGCGAAUGUGCACCGACUACUUUGAGGCAUAUCGUGCUUGCAAAAAGGAAUGGACCAAUAAAAGGAAGAGGGAAGGUGGCAGCAUCUUUUGGGGCCCAUCGUCUACCUAG